AUGCAGAUUCUUUUCACUUCAGGACCACUUUUCAAAACUAUUACUGUAAAAUAAGCUGCUUUAAUUGAUAUGUGUUCAAGAGAUCCAAAAUUUAUCUAAAUUAUUCAAAACAUUAGAUCAAGCAUAUUAAAAUUAUCUAAUAUAGAUGAAAAUAUUAUACAACAGUACUUUUCUAGGAAAAUGGCACAUAUGCUAUUGAAACCACAUUUCAUACUGUAUUAUAUUGAGAAACAGAUAAAUAUAAUCAUUAAUUAUUUAAAAUUAAAGUACUUGUAGUGUCGAAUAGAGCUUAUGGUGAAAGAUAAGCUAAAAUAUUAUCUGCUAUCAAUUAACAAUAUGUAAAUCUUUCUUAUGACGGAAAUCUAAAAUGUGUAAUUGAAGAAAUCAUAAAGCCAUCUAAGAUGA